GCAUUACCAUUUGUUUUGUUACAUAAUUAAAAAACUUGGCUUCACUUUUUACAAGAACUGUCAAUAGUUGAUCACAUAACCGCAAUUAUUUUCUACAAAUUUUUUGUGUCUACAACUAAGUUGAACAAAAUGUUUGCCCCACGUUUGUUAGCUAGACAAUUAUGUCGCCAGGCCAAUCGUCGCAUGUUUUCUGAGGCCGCUCCAGCAGCUGCUGCCACCGGUGCCCCCAAUCUAACACCUCCACCCGCAGAAGGUGUAGCUAAACCUGUCAAUCCCAAAUUGGAAGGUAUUGCCAACAGCAUAGCCACCCUCAAUCUUUUGGAAGUUUCCGAACUUAGUGCUCUUUUGAAAAAGAAGCUAAACCUUCCCGAAACUUCAUUUGUACCACAAAUGGCCGCUGGCCCUGCCAGACCAGCUGCUGCUGCUGAGGAUGAAGAAGAAGCUGCCCCCAAGAAAGUACAAACUUCUUUCAAAGUGAAACUAGUUAAAUUCGAUGAGAAACAAAAGGUAGCGUUGAUUAAGGAGGUGAAGAACCUGUUGGAAGGUAUGAAUUUAGUGCAAGCCAAGAAAUUCGUUGAAAGUGCCCCCACAGUGGUCAAGGAAGACAUACCCAAAGAUGAGGCUGAGAAAUUAAAGGAAGCCUUAGCUAAGGCUGGUGCUGUUGUUGAAAUUGAAUAAAUCAACCGUCAAUACUUGUUAUCUACCUAUAGUUUAUUUAGUCUAACUAUUUGCUAAUUAUGUUUAAAACGAUACUAAAUGAAAAAAAAAGAUUAAUACCACAUAUAAGUUGAACUUGUUUUUGGUUAUUUAAAGAAAUAUAUAAAAUCUUAACAAAA